CAAACUUUUCAACCAACCAAUGGAAAAACCAGAGCCAUGCUCUGCCUCCUCUCUUCCUCAUCCACCUCCCACGUCCUCUCUCUCUACAAAAUUUUCUCUCUUCAAUCCCUAAUCCUCACAAGGCCCUCCUCUCAUCUUCCCUUCUCCACAAUGUCCAUAAACCUCAGCUCUCAUGCCUUCGCUGGCAACCCCAUAAUAUCCAAGACCCCCAAACCGAGUGACCCAUUUUCACCAAACUCUGCCUUUCAAACCCUCAAAACUUUACUUUCAAGCCACACGCAUGAACCAUCUUCUCCAAAUUUUAAGGUCUUGCCCUUCAGAAAGGGCAGGCCUUUGGCCAGGUCCACUGGGGAUUUGGCGCCAAAUUGGCAUCUGGGUUGGUUAAGUUUGGGCGAUUGUAAGACUUUAUUGGAAAAUUCUGAGGUUAAUUUGAUUGAAGAGUCAUUGGUUUAUUUGGGUUCCAAGUCCGAGGAUGAUGUUGUGUAUUGGGCAAUUGAUGUGUCCGAGGCUAGUGGUUUGGUUAAUGAAUUGGGUAGUAGGCAGUUUUGCUUUGUUGAGUUGAGGACUUUGAUGGUUGCCACUGAUUGGGUUGAUGCAAGGGCUAUGGGUGAACUAGCUAUUGCUGGUCAUGCUAGAGCAUUAUUAGAAUGGCAUAAUAUAUCACGUUUUUGUGGACAUUGUGGAGGAAAAACAGUUCCCAUGGAAGCUGGCAGACGGAAGCAAUGCUCAAAUGAGUCAUGCAAAAAGAGGAUUUACCCUCGAGUUGAUCCGGUUGUCAUUAUGUUAGUCAUAGAUAGAGAGAAUGAUCGUGCACUUUUAAGUAAGCAGUCAAGGUUUGUGCCACGCAUGUGGAGUUGCCUUGCCGGUUUUAUUGAGCCAGGAGAAAGCUUGGAAGAGGCAGUGAGAAGAGAAACAUGGGAGGAGACUGGCAUUGAAGUUGGCGAAGUUAUCUAUCACAGUUCUCAGCCAUGGCCUGUUGGACCCAGUAGCAUGCCUUGCCAACUGAUGGUGGGAUUCUUUGCAUAUGCCAAGUCACUUGAAAUAAACGUGGACAAGGAAGAGUUGGAAGAUGCUAAGUGGCAGAGUAGAGAAGAUGUGAAAAAAGCAUUGGCAUUGGCCGAAUACAAGAAGGCACAAAAAACAUCUGCAACCAAAGUGGAUCAUAUGUGCAAGGGAGUCGAGAAAGGACAGAGCUUAUCUGCAGACUUCAAUGUGGAAAGUGGGGAACUCGCUCCCAUGUUUUUCCCCGGACCCUUCGCAAUUGCUCAUCACCUAAUCUCCUCUUGGGCCAAUCAAGUCGGAGUAAAUGGUGUUGAAGCGAAACAACCUACUAGUUCCUUGUCGAGUUUGUAGCAGUCAUUCUUUUCGUAAGGCACCUCAUAAAUUUUUCUCUAUUAUUUCCAAGUUGAUAUUGGUCAUGUACAAAGAACACUAGCAUCCCAAAUUCAUCAUCAGCGAUGCUUAAACAAUAUGAAUGGUUUUAUUGUUAUUAUAAGAUCCUUUCAGGGAGGGCGGCUCCCCCUCUCCUCUCAUCCUCAUUACCACAUUUGGCCUUUGUAU